AUGGCAGGAUUUGUUUCAAAAUUGGACAGGGCUUCGGCAAUCUGGAAUCUGGGCUGGACUUGUGAUGAUUCUUUAGAAAGAGUAUGGUCUGUAACUAUAUGGGCCGCCUCAGGGGCUGUUGGAGACGGAAUUGAUAAAGUGGUCUGUGCCCGUUCAUCAUAUAUGCCUCAACUUUUCAUCAUAUUUAGUUGUACACUGUCCUGUUGGCGCUGUGAGCCUAAAUCUGCUGAUGUAGAUGAUUACAUGUAUUUAGGCAACCAAAAUUGCAGGGUGACAUCUGUAUAUGUAUGUUAUCUUCGUGAUCACUAG